AUGCAUUGCGCGGCGGACUCUGCGGGCUUCUUGCCCUUCCAGAAGCCCGCCCUUGGUCGUCACAGGUCGGUGCUUAUCCUCACCUCGAAACCUGUUGCGACGGUGAAACUGUGCUACACACCUGUCGAGCUUGCAAGGUUGUGCUGUGUGCUGGGCUACAAGUCGGUAGGUCGGCAUUUCUCCCGCAAGGUUGAGCUUUUUUGUUGUGGGGGCCGCCGCCUCUCACAAACGACAUUGCCGUGGCUGCACUUCGGCCAUGGCCCAUUCUCCCCACCAAGCCGCGGUACCCAGUGUGAACUGUACAUACGACCGAGCAGACAGAUGAGAAGCAAAACACCCCUCGCAAGCAACGCCCGAUCCAAGGCCCUUCUCGGUGCCCCUCCAAGAAGCAUGGGCUCCGGCCUCGUGCAGCACCGAUCUUGUCGUCCUCCCGCCUCGACGCCGGGCGGCAACCAGCUCCGCAAGCCCUAG